AUGUUGGAUCAAGGUGAAUUGCAGAUUGAGCACUGCGUCAAAGGCACAAAAGAGAAAGAAAUAGUUGUGAUUGACAUUCCGUACGAUGCAGUCAAUGUAGAAAUCCCUAUAACCCCAUUGGUGAUAGAAUUUCCGGCACCCUUCGCAUACGAGGAUGAAAAAGCAGUGUCUUGGAUAUAUCAUCCCAGAGCUUUUAAGCAGGGGCAGGAGGACCGACCUUUAGUUAUCAAUGAGCCAAAUGUCACCUCAAUCAUAGGACCAGCCAGAAUGGCGCACAGUGGCCGAGUGUUUGCACCAAGGACCGUUGAUGCUUCUGCCAAGGCUAAAGGGAAGGAAGUUGCUACUCAUGUCCAAAUCCCUGUCCCAAAUCUUGAAAUGCAAGAAAUGCACCUAUCUCCAAAAGUUGCUGUCACAUGCGAGGAAGCGGAGGAACUUCUAACGAUAAUAAAGAAGAGUGAUUACAAAGUAGUGGACCAAUGGAAUCAAACCCCUUUGAAGAUCUCCAUGUUGUCCUUAUUACUCAGCUCAGAAGCAUAUAGAGAGUCAUUGAUGAAGGUACUAAGUGUUGCGCAUAUCACAAAAGAUAUAAUAGUGGAGCAGUUUGAUGAUAUGAUAGCUUGUGUAACCACCGGAAAUUUCUUAGGGUUUAAUGAUGAUGAAAUGCCAGUCGAAGGGAAGAAUCAUAACAAAGCUUUGCAUAUCUUCUUAAGAUGCAUAGACACCAUAUUAUCAAGAGUGUUGGUAGACACAGGUUCCUCGUUGAAUUUUAUGCCAAAGACUACUCUAGUGAAAUUACCGUUGGAGGGACUGAACAUGAAACCCAACACUCUAAUAGUGAAGGCGUUUGAUGGCUCAAGGCGGGCAGUAAUAGGGGAGAUUGACUUACCAAUCAAGAUUGGCCCGACUAUCUUCACUAUUACAUUCCAAGUCAUGGACAUACACCCCAGGUAUAGUUGUCUGCUUGGAAGACCAUGGAUUCACUCUGCGGGCGCAGUAACUUCUACCCUACACCAAAAGCUAAAAUUUAUCACGAAUGACAAAAUGAUUGUGAUUGGAGGUAAAGAGGAUAUCCUGGUUAGCCAUUUGACUUCUUUCAGAUGCAUUGAGGUGGAAGGAGAAAUCACUGAGACACCAUUCCAGUCCUUGGAAGUGGUGAACAUAAUGACCGUCCAACAAACAUCUGAGUCACCGAAAUCAGAACCGUCAAUGGCCUCGUGGCAAGGAGCCAAGGCUGUUAUAGAGAAUGGGAAUGCCCAAGGUCGGGGCAAGGUGAUAGAAGUACGCAAGAAGCGGGACAAGUUUGGUCUAGGGUAUGAACCAUCAUCAGUUGAAGUCGGUAAUCAACGUGAUAAGAAGCAGAUUCCUUCUGUAGAGGAGACAUUCACCAGUGCUGGUCAUAUCUUUGGUGGUCAAGUGGCAAUGAUCAACGAAGAAGCUUAUGAAGAGGUGGUAUCUAGCUGA